AUGUCAGGAAUAAAUCCAUCCAUCGACCGCAUAUCUAAGACCAGAUCUGGAAAUACAGAUGCUGUUGGUACACCAACUGCUACCAACAAAUAUGAUAACACACGUCAUUUAAAAUAUGGCCAAACGGAAAAUCAAAAGAAAGCGAACGUCUCAGAGUCUAAAAAUCAUGAAAAGGAGGAAGAAGAAAGUAUUUUGAAUCUUGAACCUGAUCGUAGUUACGCUUCGUGUUCAGAUUCUGCACCAACAUUGCACCAUACGUUUUAUGAAGAGUUUUUGGGUGGAGUUACUGGUGAUGAUAUGAUUGAACGUGAAGAAAAAAAGGAAAAAGAGAGAAAAAGGAAAGAACAAGAAAGGAAAAAAACUAUUUGA